AGUAAAACAAGGCUUUGUAUUGCCACGGAUUUACUUCGACCACAACUGGGCCGUUUUCUUAAAUUACAGGACUUUUCGGUGAAAACAUUGGUGCUCGUAGCUGCUGUCAGAGCCCCGGUGGAUGUAAACGGAACUGCAAGCUGCUGGGUUAAAUGGCUCUUUUUCUCUCUUUUCACUUUUGAUCCCUGAGCUCACACAUUCCGAUCAUUCCAGGCGCGCUCAGUUAUUUAUGAGAGCAGAGCGCGCGCCUACUAGCUCAUAACGCAACCAGACCUGAACACAACGCGGAGAUAAAACACACUCAGGAGACGUUAGGUGGAUUACUUGGAUUAUUACACAUGCCACUAACGGAAUCCGUGUGGAAUGAAAGUUUUAGUUGGUCCAGUUCAGAUCAUAAAUACUUGUCUCCAUCAAAUAAAAUGAGAGGUGAAGAAGCAUCCGGCACUGUCCUGCACAGACUAAUCCAAGAGCAGCUUCGCUAUGGAAACCCCACAGAUGCCCGCACGCUCCUGGCCAUCCAGCAGCAGGCCCUGCGACGAGGAGGAGGUGUUGGGGGUGGCAGCGGAGGGGCUGGUUCUUCACAGUCCUCAUCUGAGAGCCUCAGCCAGGAAGAGCCCCAGUCUCCUCAGCUCUCUGCUCGCCAAGAGCCCCAGGGUCAAGAGCACCAGGUCGACUACCAGCACUCUGAGAACUACAAAACAUACCCCCACCACGGCGAGGAGCUGCCCACCUAUGAACAGGCCAAGGCUCAGUCUCAGUAUUUGGCCUCCCAGUGGUGCCAACCUCACAGGGGCUGCUCGCUGCAGGAUAGUGAAACCAUCCCAAAGCCCUGUGAGGAGGAAGACAGCUGGGACCCGAAGCGAGGCCACAUGCGGUCAGUCAGUGAGCGGCUUCUGCAGUUUUCAGUAGAGCGCAGUAAAAUGCCUGCAACAUGUUCUGCCAGUUACCCUCAGAUACAUGGAUAUCAUGCAAACCAGCACUUACAAUACAGCCAGCAAAGACUGGAGUACAACCAGCAGGUUCCUUAUACCGAGUACCCUUUUCCUGCACAACAAGCAGCGGAGUAUGAACAUUACUACAAAGCACCGCCGCCAUUUCAUUCUCAACACAACAGACUUCAGACACCAGAGGUUUGCUAUAGACUCUCCACAUCACCCCCUGCUGGCAGGGAGGUCACAGCCUGCAGCCGCAGUCAACUGGAGAUGCUCAUAAAUGAGAAUAAAAGACUGAAACAGGAGCUAGAGGGGCACACUGAGAAGGCCCUCAGAAUUCAGAAGCUGGAACAAGAGAUCCAAAGGAUCUCAGAGGCCUACAGCACUCUGAUGAAGGGUUGCGCUAAAAGAGAAACUCUAGAGCAAGCGCUAAGAAACAAGCUAAUGGCUGAGAUCAAGAGGCUGCAGCAUUCAAGCAUUCAAGCUGCAAAAGAAGCCGAAGCUGCUGACCAGAACCAGCAUGUUAUUGAAAAGCUCCUUCUGCAGAAUGAAGAACAGCAGCUUCAGUGUGCACAUCUGGAGCAGGAGGUUGAGCAUCUGCGAAGCGAAGCGGAGAACCAUCAGCGCAGAAGUGAGGCCCUGGAGACGGCACUGAAGUCCACGCAGACUCACAGCCAGCAGCUGUGGACGGAGCUGCAGAGGAAGAGAGCAUAUGUGGAGAAGGUGGAGCGUCUGCAGGGGGCUCUAACUCAGCUGCAGGCGACCUGCGAGAAAAGAGAAGGGCUGGAAACACGCCUCAGGACCCGGCUGGAACAGGAACUGCGGAGCCUCCGAAAUCAGCAGCGGCAGCCGCAGCCUGACUGUGGACUGUCCCACGUGAGUGUCUCCACACUGCAAGAGCUUCUGCGGGAGAAAGAAGAACGCAUUCUGUCGCUGGAGGCUGACAAGACACGCUGGGAACAGAAAUACCUGGAGGAGAAGACCAUGAGGGAGUUUGCGAUGGAUGCUGCUGCUACUGCUGCAGCUCAGAGAGACACAACCAUCAUCAACCAUUCGCCUUGCCAUUCGUUCAUUGAGGAGCUCCCAUCAUCUGAGUACAGGAACCAGGAGGUAGAAAAUAGGAUCCGUGCCCUGUAUGCCCAAAUCCUGGAGAAGGACACAGUGAUUAGCAUCCUGAAGCAGAAGCUGCAGCAGGAGCAAAAGAGAGAGUUGAGUGCUGAAUCAUCCAGCAACAUCACUCUUUCAACGGUCACACACACUGUCCAGGGCAAAGGGAAGAGUCAUUCCAAUGACCAGGAAACUGGUAUGUCCCAUUCGGUGCUUGCUCUGGUUGCAGUCCCGGGACAACCUGAACCAGAUCAAACCUCCCACACAGAGACCAACACCGAUAACAUCCAGAAAGCACCAUCUGCUGCGGACCUUUUCAAAGGCCUGGAUGAUGUGACGGCUGAAGCAGUGGAGAUCUUCAUCUGAUGAAGAACACUUGAAGAGGGAGAUUGAAUGACACCACAUCACUAUAAUGUUGUGAAGCAAGAGUCCAGAUGAACAGCAGAGCUGCUCAAAAAUCUCAUGUGAAAGAAGGAGCUAAGCUCUUCUCUUAAAACUACACCUCCAGUCUGCUUUGUAUUGACAGAUAAGGUAGUAAAUUGCUAGGGAGAAUCCUUUAUAUCUUGGUAUUUACAACCGUCCCAUACAGAAGGGUGGACACAAAAUACUAAAUUGUCCUCACUAAUGUAUUGUCACUCCUCUCAGAAGACCACAUUCCAGUUCAAUCGACUUUCUUCACGAGGCAGAUGCUCUUGCAUGUAUUUUUUCCACCCCACCUUAAUCGAUAGUUAUAAAUGGUUACAUUUUUUUCAUGUUUUUCUAUUUAUGGCUGCUACGCCCUUCAGCGAAGUUAUUCUUUUUAACAUUGCAUUUCUAGGAUCGGCAUGCUUAACAAUGUCACGUUGUGCGAGACAAAAACAUUAUGUAGACCUAGUAGUCUAAAAGAACUGUUAGAGAGAAAACCAGUUGUAUUAUAUUAGAAUUUGCUUCCUUGUAUUUUGUUUUUGAACGUGUUCGCUCUAAAAUGGCACAUUUGCUGGUCAAGGUGUCGUUUCAAAGUAAAUAUUAAUAUAUAUUUUGUACAAGUGUUUUGAUGUGUUGGAAUGUAAUGCUGAGAAACUGAUGCCAAAAAGCAUUUCAGUAAAGCUCAUGUGUUCAAAACACAUGGCCAAGGGUUGACCUCUUCUAUUUAAUCAAUGAAAGAUGUGAAUGUUCUGAAACAUUUCAUACAUUUACAAUAAAGCUAUUAAUAUAUAA